AUGCGCAAAACGGGCGGGAAGGGUAGGAAGGGCGGGGAGGGCCUGGGCAAAGGCGGCGCCAAGCGCCACUGCCAAGUGCUGCGGGACAACAUCCAGGGCAUCACCAAGCCCGCCAACCGGCGCCCUGCCCGGCGCGGAGGGGUCAAGCGCAUCCCCAGCCCCAUCUACGAGGAAACCCGCGGGGUACUGAUGGUGUUCCUGGAGAACGUGAUCCUGGACACCGUCACCUAUACCGAGCGCGCCAAGCGCAAGACCGUCACGGCCGUGGACGUUGUCUACGCGCUCAAGCGCCAGGGCCGCACCCUCUACGGCUUCGGCGGUUGAGUUAUUGUAAAUAUCCCAAACCCCAAAGGCCCUUUUUAGGGCCGCCCACGGAAUCUAUUAAAACCUGUAGGUGUAUUUCCAAGGUGUUUUUUAGACUGUUUGGUAUUCGGGGAACACCGUGUAACUUGAGAAUUUUAAGUGGAAUUUUGCCCCUUUACCUCAACUCUUCCUGCAGAUCCAUCACCCUGCAGGUAAGAUGGCAAAACCCUCCAUGAUUAAUUAUAUGCUUGUUUUGACUGGAAGCCAGUCUGUUGACUGAUUUACCCCAUGAAGGCUAUCGCAGUACCACUGUUAAGACGAAGGUUGUUAGAACAGCAUGGCCAGCAAUUCCCCAAACUAUUACGACCUUCCAUAGAAAAAGUUUGCCGACCCUUACGUUAUCGAGCUCUUCAGUGUUUAAGCAAGCUCAAGUUUGAAACUAUUGGGUGUAGCACAAUAGGUAGAAUUUCAAAUCACGUCCACUUAAUAAAUGCCUCUACUUCACUUUGUUCCUUAUCAAGUGUUACUUUUUAUCAAUCAAAUCGUGACACUUUUCAUUACUAUAGUAAGAGGCACUUUCUCGAGACAUUUUCUUUAGAAUUUCAAUGCUUUUUAGAGGUUUUUUUUUAAGAAAGUACGAUAGCAAUAUAGAAACCGAAGUUGAGGCUGGAAAAUGCUUCCUUAGAGGAUGAAACCAAAACCAAGUCUGUGGAUCGGGCAGGGCGGUACAGGAGGAUACUAUCCAAUCAGAAAGCGAAGAUCGCUAUAAAUACUGGGAGGACAGUUUCUUCUCGUCAAGUAGUUCCCUUUACUUGACAGUGGCCCGCAUGAAGCAGACGGAGGGCUCGCAAGUCCACCGGCGGCAAGGCCCCGCGCAAGCAACUGGCCACCAAGGCGGCCCGCAAGAGCGCGCCGGCCACGGGCGGCGUUAAAAAGCCCCACCGUUACCGGCCCGGCCCGGUGGCGCUGCGCGAGAUCCGCCGCUACCAAAAGCCCACCGAGCUGCUGAUACGCACGCUGCCGUUCCAGCGCCUAGUGUGCGAGAUCGCGCGGGACUUCGAGACUGACCUGCGCAUCCAGAGGUCGGCCGUGAUGGCACUGCAAGAAGGCGUGCGAGGCGUACCUGGUGGGGCUCUUCGAGGACGCCAACCUGUGCGCCAUCCACGCCAAGCA